GAAGGAGGGGGAAAGGCACCAACCAGCAGCCGCUCCAGCCCUGUCGAAGUUUCACUUUUUGUCUGUGGGUUCGCUCCCGGGCCCCGCGCGAGCUUUCCCGGGAUAAGUAGCUUUAGCGAGCGGCACAGAGCCGGGCGCCGCAAGGAAUUGAGGACAUCUUGACAGCGAGGGUAUUGGAAGCCAGACCAGUACCUGUGUUCUUAGAGCUCCUGGGGUCCCCGCCAGCCCCCAUCCCAGGUGAUCUUCAGCAAGACCUCUGGUAGGAGCAUUGAGUCCCUGAGACAGAAUUGAAGAUACAGCCUGGUCACUGAUUCGUUGUUCCCCUGGACACUCAUCAGAGGCAAGAUCCUGCUCCUCCACUGACACUAGCGCUGCAGUUGUGUGUGCACUGAUCCUGUAAGAGCCAGCCAUCUGAGAUUCUACAACAAUGUCUCACCCAUCCUGGCUGCCACCCAAAAGCACUGGUGAGCCCCUCGGCCAUGUACCUGCACGGAUGGAGACCACCCAUUCCUUUGGGACCCCCAGCAUUUCAGUAUCUACACAGCAGCCUCCCAAGAAGUUUGCACCAGUAGUUGCUCCAAAACCCAAGUACAACCCAUACAAGCAGCCUGGUGGUGAGGGAGACUUUCUUCCACCACCACCUCCACCCCUAGAUGAUCCUGGUACACUUCCAUCUGGCUCUGGAAACUUCCCUCCUCCGCCAGCCAUUGACGAAGGCGCCUUUAAGAUGCAGCAGGGAAAUCCUGGAGGCAAGACCCUUGAGGAGAGACGCUCCAGCCUGGACGCUGAGAUUGACUCCUUGACAAGUAUCUUGGCUGACCUUGAGUGCAGUUCCCCCUAUAAGCCGCGGCCCCCGCAGGGCUCUACUAGUUCAACAUCAUCUCCUCCAGUCUCCACACCUGUUACAGGACACAAGAGAAUGGUCAUCCCAAACCAACCCCCUCUAACAGCAACCAAGAAGUCUACAAUGAAACCACAGCCCGGCCCCCAAGCUGGCCCCAUUCCUGUGACUCCAAUAGGAACACUCAAACCCCAGCCUCAGCCAGUUCCAGCCUCCUACACCACGGCCUGUACCCCUACCAGGCCCACCUUUAACGUGCAAGUGAAGUCAGCUCAACCCAGCCCUCAUUACAUGGCUGGCCCUUCCUCAGCGCAGAUGUAUUGCCCAGGGCCCCACGGCUGUGGCAUUCAGCCAGCUCAUGUCUCUGGGCCAUGUCCACCUCCUUCAGCUCGGCCUGGUACCGACUAUGCAUAUAUUCCACCACCUGUACUUCAACCUGAGCCUGGAUACGGGUAUGCCCCCAACCAAGGACGUUAUUAUGAAACCUAUUGUGCAGCAGGGCCUUCCUAUGGAGGCAGAAAUGACUGCAAUCCUGCCUAUGGUCAACAAGGUCACCCGAGUACCUGGAAGCGGGAGCCAGGAUACAAUCCUCCUGUAGCAGGGAACCAGAACCCAACCGGCAUGUACACAGCCACUGGUCCCAAGAAGACCUAUGUGAUGGAUCCUGUUUCAGGCCCUGGUGCUCCACCACUGCAGCCAAAGGGUGGACACACAGUGUCAAUGGGGCCUGCAUCUGUCCCCCCUUCAUUUCGUCCAGAAGAUGAGCUUGAGCACCUGACCAAAAAGAUGCUGUAUGACAUGGACAAUCCACCUUCUGAAGAAUACUUUGGUCGCUGUGCUCGCUGUGGUGAAAAUGUAGUUGGGGAAGGUACAGGAUGCACCGCCAUGGAUCAGGUCUUCCACGUGGAUUGCUUUACCUGCAUCACCUGCAACAGCAAGCUCCGCGGCCAGCCCUUCUACGCUGUGGAAAAGAAGGCUUACUGCGAGCCCUGCUACAUCAACACCCUGGAGCGAUGCAAUGUGUGCUCCAAGCCCAUCAUGGAGCGAAUCCUUCGUGCCACAGGGAAGGCCUAUCACCCUCACUGCUUCACCUGUGUGAUGUGCCACCGCAGCCUGGAUGGAAUCCCCUUCACUGUGGACGCCGGUGGGCUCAUUCAUUGCAUCGAGGACUUUCACAAGAAAUUUGCUCCCCGCUGCUCUGUGUGCAAGGAGCCUAUCAUGCCGGCCCCAGGCCAGGAGGAGACCGUCCGCAUCGUGGCUCUGGAUCGCGAUUUCCACGUCCAAUGCUACCGCUGUGAGGAUUGCGGUGGUCUUCUGUCUGAAGGCGAUAACCAGGGCUGCUACCCACUGGAUGGACACAUCCUCUGCAAGACCUGCAACUCUGCCCGCAUCAGGGUGUUGACCGCCAAGGCGAGCACAGAUCUUUAGAUUCAGUCACCUGUUUAGCUGGUUGGUAGAUGGCGCUGAGAAGAAUGAUACACAAGGGAAACACAUAGGAAAAUAGAGGAAAUGCAAUCAAUCUGUGAGAUGGUCUCAAUUCUUCAUCUGCUGUUAACUUUUGUUGAGAAACACAUAGUUGGUAAGAUGUUUUUUCACUUCUCACCAGAAUACACAUUUCACAUUUAAUCAUGCAGGCCCUUGGUGGGCCUUUGUUCCAAGUACUUCUACAUUUUUGCACGGAUUAUGUUCCAUCCCAUUCACUUCUGCAUUCCUGUAACUUUUAAUCCCUAUGUUUGUCUCACUUUUCAUCUGGUUGAAUGGCUUUUUCUACCGUGGUAUUUGCUGUCACACAGUUUUUCCUGGAUGAGGCUGCCAACUCACAGGUGGUUUUAGGUUUAAAGUCUCCAUCCUAUCACUUCCAUGCUGCCUGUGAUUAGAAAGGUUAGCCAUUCUUUUGCCAUGGGUUUAAAAAUAUUUUUUUCUGUUGCUCUAUACCACUCGUGUCCCUUGGGGCAGGGACCAGGGGGAGGAAUAUAUAAUUUCUGUAAUAAGGAUUUAAGUUGUAAAAUACCUGAGUUAAAAUAAGUUAAAAUUUAAUUUGCAACCAUCCAAAUUUAAAAUCUCUAGUAACCAGUGGUCAGGGCUCAAUGAAAACAAUUAUCAGCCCACAGUUAAUGAGUGGUGAAAGAGAGCUGAGCUUCAAUUUUUUUCUAAACAGAUUAGAUUUGGGAUACAGUAGAAAAAGUAUUUGGGGGAAUAUGUUUGAAAAACCCUUUAUCCUGCAACAGCCCCACAGAUUUCCCUUUUUGAUGCUACCUGGACAAAAGACAAACUUGGCUUUCUCUGGAAUCGAACAUGUCCAGUACCAUCCCACUCUUCAUCUUAGGAAGCUAAGAAUUGUCAUGGUUUUUCUAAGAUCCAAACACAACUACCAAAAUUGAUUUUUUUUUUCUUCUAUAGAAAGAUAACUAUAAAGAACAGUUCAAACUCCUUUAUGUUCCUCCAGGCCCAGACCAUUUUUGCCUGACAAUUGCAAAUCAGGGCAGAGAAAAUAAAAUUGUGUAGCUUUGUAUAGUUUACUUUAAAAAGAAAGGAAAUCUUAAGAAGAUUGUGAAACCACAGUUUCAUUAUUAUCCUAAUCCUUCUGCAACUCAAAUUACAUAUUGCGGGAGACAUUUUCAUAUCAUCGACGUGACAUUUAUACCACACUUUCAAAGAUAAUCACUGGAAAAAAAAUUGUCUUUCUGAGCUAAAAAUAUGCAGAGUCUCUGCCUAGAAUCUUUAUUCAAAUUCUUAUUAGCCAGUGAAACACUCGCAUGCCAACUGCAGAACCAUAUUUAUUAAGUUCUAGCAUGUUUCAUUUAAGGAGAGACACCUACCUUAGUAACGGCAAGUUGCCAUUUUGUAAACUACGUAUUUUGGAUUGAGAUUUCUUAAACCUUUCUUCAGAUCUUCCACAAGUAUAUACUUUUAAAUUAUGGAGUAUUUUAAAUAUACAAAAAGGUAUAAAUAAUAAUAUAAUGAAUCUCUAUAUACCUAACACCUAGUUUAAGAAAUCAGAUAUAACAAAUAUAGUUACAUUCCCCUGUGCACCCUUGCCUUAUUCCACAAAUAUCUUUCUCAUAAUUAUAAAAUGAUAGUUUUCUAGACUGAUUUUUUUAACACCAGAAUAAUAAUGAACAACUAUUUGUGCAUGUUUUAAAUCACAACCCAUGCCUCAGGAGUUCCAAUUAAAUUUAUUUUACUUGAAUAGAAAUAAUAAAAAUGCUUCUUUAAAUAACAAGAAGACAUUCUGAAGCCUAUGGUCGCUGUGUAGCUCAUCUUAGUUAAUUUGUGGCACAUUUGCUUUUGUCACGACACAGUUUGGUGUUGAAACCACCCAACUUACACCUUUUAAGAGCUUCUUUGACCACUGUGCUUUUCUUACCUUGUUUCUCUUAUCCUAGGCUUAUAUUUCUCACAGUGUGAAAUAUAAUGAGACUCACGUAAGGCAGCAUGUGAGUUUUAGGAUACAAUAGCAAUUGUACCUUUGAAUUCCUGUCUUCCAAAUUCAAUGCCAGACCCUACUGAUGGCCUCAGAGCACACUGACUCUUAGACAACUGGGGUGAUAACAGAUCAAUUCAAGCAGAUUAUAUUAACUUGUAUUCUGUUAAAUACUUAAGGAAAAUUGUCUUUAGGCCAAAAGCAGAGGGUCCAAUUAAUUGAGGGAUAGAUUUCAUCUUGGGAAAUACCAUCAUAUUAUUGUAAAUUUUGCCAGAAGAAGAAUUUAUGAAAUAUUUAUACUAUUAAAAUGCAAUAACAUCCUACUUGAUACACUUAAAUCCUUAUGUAACUGAAUGUUUACAUGCCAAAAGAAAAAGUUAGAAGAAAAUGCUGUCACAGGCCCAUCAAUGUGACAUUGCCAGCACAAUAUUGCUUGCUUAUAAUCUUUAUAGUGUAUUUGUAUCACAUAACCUCAGAGUAUCUUUACCAAAGAUUUUUUAACUAAAUCUCUUUUUAAUGUAGACUUGUACUUUUAUAAUAAUGAAUGUGCACACAUUGUUAAGCACAAAUAUUUAGAUUUAGACAUUUUUUUCUUUCACUAGGUAUAAUAAGGAAAGGAUCCUACCACAUUUUAUUCUGGGAUUUCUUAAAUAUAUGAUUUAUAUUACUUUCUUAUCCUUUCUAUUAAUCAUUUGAUUUAAAUAAUGCCAAGUCACACUUAACUGUUUUAGUUACAUGAAAUGUUGCCUAUAACAGAAAUAGAAAGAUUGUCUUAGCUAAUGAUUAUACUUACAUUGUCUUUUGGUAUAUCAUCCUGAGUGUUAUCACUUAAAUAUAUAGAUAAGAGGAAAAAUAUCAAAGAGACUAUAACAGAGUUUGUAAAAAUACACAUGCUUUUAAAAAUUGUCAACAGCACAAAUAUUUGGUAAUUCUGUGUAAUGUGGAAAACAUGGGAAAGAAAAACAACCCACUAUGUCAUGGGCUCUACAGGUCAUGUCAAAAUGAGAUUUCUUAAUUAUUUGGAUCCCCAACUCAGACAGACUCAGUGUUGAGCUUCAUUGGCAAACAAAAUUACCUAUAAAACUCAAAAACAUGUGUGUCUCAGCAUAAGACAUCAAGGUUGUAAGAUGCUGGUCUCUGUUCAGCUCAAAGAUGUGGGUUAUUUUUCUUGUUAACACCUUAUUUUUUCUGUACAAGCAAUUUACUAUGUUGGGGUGUACUGAUUCAUGAGGUGAACUUAUAACAUUAUAUCAUUUUUUAUGAAAGAUUCUGAAAAGAUGUUUAUGGUAAAGUUUAUAGGAUAUAAAACUCUAACUGCAUUGAAUCAAGUAUUUGGUAUUUUGGUCCAGAGGGAAAAAGAGUACUUUCUCAAUGGAGCAGUAGUAUAGAGUUGGUAGAGUAAAAACAGGACUCUGAAAAGACACAGUUUCCAACCACCUUCCUCAUUAGUAAAAAUCCUAUUAAUGUGAACCAGCCAGGGAUAACAGUGUUAUUUCUAUUUGAUGUGGUUUGCGCUUCUCUUGUCAAAUCUGUGUCGGCUGCCCCCUGACCCUUCCAUUAUCAAGUUUUGAAGGGUGUUGGGGAAAUUAUGGCAGCUGCUAGGGAGAUCAGGGAAACACUGAUGUAACCUCACAGCCUCUCACCAUUUCUCUUGGCUUGGAAAGGCUUCUUUUUCAUAUACAUUUCUAGAAAUAUUGCUAUUCUACCUUAGUAUUUCACAUUUGUAGUUUAAACAAGCGAUUGUCCAUCUGUUGCCUAGAGCUACAGUACAUGUGUGUUAUGAAUGAAAUAUGACAGCAUGUUCCAUACCCCUGCUUUAGCCAUCUGUAGGAAACCAGCAAACUGAAAAAGAUAUACCUCUGCAAAAUGUGCCUCAAGUCCAUUUCCUGCGAUCAGUUUUUGUGCACUUUCAUGAAAGACAAUCAGAGAGCAAUACCUAUGUGUGCCUUAUUUUUUAAAAUUCUACUUACACUACUAUAAAUAUUCCACUGAAAGUCAAAUAAUGUAAAUAAUCUCCAAAUCAUAAUAUCAAAAAAAUGAAAUCCAGAGAGGUCCCAAAUUGUCAUGUUAAUGUAGUCUAAUCAUAUUUUUCUCCUUUUGGAAGCACCUUAUGGGCCCUUAAAGUAGGAAACCCUUUCUUAUGCCACAAAGAAAUAUAUUGGAUGCGGCUUGUGUUGAUGCUUUGAUCUUUCUCUAGUUUGGGUCAGAUAAUGACGACAGAGGCUUUAACAUGAAUGUUUAACAUCCAUUCAGCAUACCCAUUAUUUUGAAUUAUUUGAGAUUUGUAUGUUUCUUUGUCUAGUAAUGGACAGAUGAGUUGGGAACCCCCGUUGUGAUCAAGUCAUUCAUAGGGUACAAUUAUGAGCUUUUCCAUUCAAAUUUUUUGACAGAUAACCAGACAGAAUUUCUCUCAUAAAACUAUUGUUUGGUUAGCAAAGCUUUAUUUCAAGCCUUUUAAAAAAUUACCUGACUAAAGCUACUUUACCGAGACUCUGAGAAUUUCUUAUUCACUUUUGCCUUUCCUCCCCUCUCCUUCUUCCUUUCUUCCAUCCUGUCUUACCAUCUUCCCUUGUUAUCUUCAUUCCUUCUUUCCAUCCUGCCUAUUUAUGUUGCCAUGCUUGGACUUUUCAUAAAUUAAACCAAUGCACUAUGAUCCUUCUGGAAUUAUGAUCAUUUUAAGGGGGGAGUUAAUUAAGAUUACCAGAAAAUAUGUGGCAUCCAUAAAUUCUUCAUUAAAAAGGGCCUAUUUUUCAAGUUGUGUUUCUUCACAAAGUGAGAUAAUGUAUUAUACUUUUGUUUUUAAAAAUUUUCAUUAGGGACCCACGUCAUUGAUUCCUAGAAAAUUCAUCUGUGGCUGAUAUCAUUUCCUCAGCUAUAUAUAUUUAAAGGGAUAUAUAAAACUAGAUUAGAUUUUCUUUUUAAUCUAAGGCAUUUAGACCACAUUUUAAUGAUGGGUUAUUAUUUUAUUCUAUUGAAAUUUGAUAAUUUCCUUAUGUCAAGGAAAAAUAGCUGUAUUUUAUCAAGGAAAAUUAUCUUUCCAGAAGUUUAACACAUAUUAGAACUUGGUGCAUGAUUAUAAUAGUAAAUCCUAAGUAGCUGAAUCAGAGCAGUUUUCAGGGGAUGGAUCAGUAAGUCUUUCUUGGUGCAUAGAUUACAUAUCUAUUUCCCUUCAAUACAGAAAAGACAGACACUAAUUCUUAAAUUACUAUCCUGGCUCUUGUGCAAUAAGAUGUAAACUCCAUUUUAUAGGCAACAUGCAUGCGACUUAUUUUGCGGAGAGCUGUGUGAGAGAUGCAUUUUUAUUAAGCUGAUUGAAGUUACAAAAAAUACUGAAAUCUUUGUUCUUUAAUUCUGAUUGUUAUUUAAUUUACAGAAGUCUCUUACCACACUAACAGAUAUCUCUACUUCUAGCCUGAUUAUAAACAAACUUAAUACUCUACAAAUACUUAUGUAGAGACUUUGGGAAGCCUGCAGCUAAUUCCUUUGUAAAACUUUAAGAGAUUUGCAUUGGGUUAGACAUUGGCACAGUGGGUAAUAUACUUCCUAGGAUGACCACAUCCCAUAUCUGAGCACAUAGUUUUGAUUCCUGGCUCCACUUCUGAUUUCAGCUUCCUGAUAAUACACGUGUGAGGAGGUAGCAGGUGAUGGUUCAAGUACUUGAGUCCCUGCCACCAUGUGGGAGACUCAGGUUGAGGAGUUAAGCUCUUAACUUUGGUCUGAUCCAGAUCCAGCUGUUGCAGGCAUUUGAGGAGUAAGCCAGCAGAUAGAAGACUGACUCUCUCACUCUCUAUCUUUCUAUAUCUCUCUCUGUAAAAUAAGUAAACAUAAUAUUUAAAAAGGUGCUUGCCUUCAGCCUUUUCUGCCACACAGCUUUAAUUUUUCCAAGAUACCCAUUCACUUAGGGACAAGAGAAAACCUUAUUCAUAUAACUCCGAUCAACAUUUAGCUAAUAUACCCAAGUUAAAGCCAUAUUACUUAGCCACACAUGCAUUCAGUCAAUUUGCCAUGCCAUUUAUAACUUCUGUUCUAAACCCAAGGGAUAGAAAGAUGUACCAGGAAUGGGACAGAGGUCACCAUUCAUCUUGUGUUCUAUAGCGCAUAGAAUUAAAGUUGAUGCAGGCACCAGUGAUGUUCAUAGACAAACAGAGUCAGGGGCCUUUUAAAGAUCUUAUUCUCCUCUUUUAUGUUUCUAGUUAUCAUCCCAAAUCUUCUUAGAUCUGGACAGUAUGUGCUACUGCUCAUAGCAGUCCAUUUGUUGUCCCUAGCUACACCGAACAAGGCAGAUUUCUAAAUGUUUGCCACGUUAUGUCUAAUAACACCAACUGUUCCACAUCUUCCCCCAAUUAUUCACAUGGUACUAAGUUCCAUUACUCUUCCCCUCCUUUGCAAAUAAGUGGACCCAAAAGUAUUUUCUAAAGUUUUAGUCAAUUCAGUGAAGCUUAGCAAUCACUAUAGGUCAGUCAAUGGAAUUGGAGUCAGCCAAAGGGAAUUUCUCCCAAGCACUCAGAACCAGAGGAGUGAAAGCUAGCUAUGGAUUCCUUCACAUGGAUCACAGAGUCCUCUUCCUUUACGUUCUGCACUAUUUUUGGUGCUGCCAAAGUCAAAGUAAUUCUGACAACAGGAAGCAAGCUAUUGCUUAUGCCAUCCGUGAGAUUCCCACUUUGUCAAUUCAUAAAGCUCUUUAGCCCUUCCCUUUAUCCCUGCCUUCUCAAGAAUAAGACUUGUCCCCAUAUGGAAUAUGGGAAAAGAGUACUGAACAUUUUGAAAGUUCUGUGUACAUAGUAACUGUUUGGCUUUGAGAGUACCUUCCAUUCAUUCUGGGCUCACAUGUUUGUACCUAGUGAUGUUUGUGCUUAGACCAAAGGAGCAUCUUCCCUCCAUAGACUGAUUAGAUACUGUGCUUAGCAGCACAUGUUUUCUCUAAAGUUUUGUUCUCUCACCAUCAUUAUUCCUUCUGAAUAUCUUCAUUGUAUUAAUCAUUACUUAAUUACUAUUAGGGGUUCAGCCACUAAUAACUUCUAUUCAGGCUAACUGCAAUAGGAUCAAUCAGGUUUGAUCUGUACAUACUCUACAGGAAGCAGUAUGGCAUGGGGAUGAGUAAUUAAGCCUUCAUGGAGGAUAUGCAAUUCAGUAAAAAUCUUGAGUUGAUCCAUUAACUUGAUUUGGAAGUUGAAGAAAGAAUAUUUUGAUCACAACAGGAAAACACAGGCUAUAUUCAAGAGAAAAAAUAUUGCCUUGGUCAAACUGUCACAGACUCUGGAAUUUUCUGUUUACCAAGAGAAAAGCCUUCCCAAUAUUCAGGGUCAGUUGGAAGGAAAAGGCAUAGAGAAUACUAACUGCAUUGUUACCAGCUUCUACAUGUCUUCAUAAUUGGAAGAAAUGAUGAGUUGUCAAAAUCCAACAUGUACAGUAUGAAGUAGCCCUCCAUGAACUUGACUAUAACAUUAAAAAUCUGUGUUCCUGUUGGACCACAGUGUCAUCCUCCCUUCUUGGAGUGAAUGUUUAUGUCCUUUGAACUCCUCAAAGAGAAAAAGCAGAGCACCUCUUGUUCUUACGGAUUCUAGGUACACGAUUAGAAAGACUCUCCCAUCAUCUAUUCCACUGGCUCUAUAAUUCCCUUAGAGAUUCAUUAUGAACAGAUUGUCCAGACUCUGUUUAAAUUGCACUGUGUCAGGGAGCUCAUUUCCCCCUUGCACUUUGUUCCAAACACCCGCUGAUACUAAACAAAACCAGCCUUUGGGCCUGUGUUCUCUUUGGUUCCACACAAAACUAAUCUGAAGGACAUAAUAAAAUGUUGCUUCCUUCUUCCAUUUUCUUUCCAUAUAUAUUUUUGUUUGGGGGCAAUUCUUUACUUUUAUAUACAAGAAAAAAACUGAUUUCAGCUGAAGAUUAUAAAAAUCUUUCAACAUCCCUAAAGAAUCUAGAGGAUUUCCUGAGUUUGAUAUAUUAUAGUUUUUUAUUGUUGGUUGUACUCUUUCUCAGAAGACAUAAUGUUUGGACAGUUGUUCUAUAGCUUCAUAUCCUCUUCCAGUAACUAACCCCUGGACAGUACAGUCCAUUUAUCUGACCUGUUGAUGAUGACCUUAAAAAUAUUGUGAAAUGUCAGUUUGUUAGCUCUAGCUCUGACAAGAUAAAAGUCAAAAGCAAAAUAUAAUGGCAUUAUUGAAAUUUGUUACUUCUGGUCAGUUAUGUGCAAAGCAAUAUCACUCUCAAGGAGAAAGGGCUGUAUUGUGCUGUAGUUUAGAGAUGAGCAAAUUCUUUCUGCCACAGGUUGCUAUUUAGUUUAAGUAGUAUUCCACAAUCUUUGGGAAAACAGGAAUUGUGACUUCUUCUACCUCAGCUUUGAAUUAGCCCUGUAGGCAGAACUUGCCAUCAGUCUUCUGGGAAGGACCUGGGGGUAGCUUUCUGAGCUCUAAAAUAAUAAUUCCUAAGAGAGCUUACAAACUGCUUUCACACAUAAAACAGCCCUGGGAGGAAGGUUAUUAAUAGCCCUAUCCUAGAAGAGAAAGCUGAGGCUCAGCAUCGUUAAGUGACUUGCCAAAAGCAAUGCAGCUGGCAAGUGGCAGUUUUGGGGAUGUACUCAGAUCUUGCAAGUCCAGUGCUGUCUGCGAGCGGCCGCUCUUGGGGCUGAAAGUAACUUAGAGGACAUUAUAUACUUUUCAGACUACCCUGGCCCCUGUUAGAAGUCAUCCAGGAAAAUUUGCUUAGACAGUUUGGCUCUCAAUGGCAAGUCCACAUGUGUACUGCGCUGCUUGAGGUCAUUCAAAGCCUGCACCCAUCUUCUGUGUCCUCUGGUGGGAAGCCACUAGAUAUUCUGAUCAACACUGCAACUAAGUUGGUGAGGAAAGACCACCAAUGAGAACAAACAACUGGCACCAAGGCACAUUGCAGCACAUUUCCCCAGAGAGACUUAGUUUAUAUUUCAUUAACCGAAGCCUCCCUGGCACUGUCAGGUUCAGAAUACCGACUGAGACCACAUCACUUAGAAUUCGCUGGCACACAGGGGUGACUUGAUUCUGAAGACAAGCUUUUCUUUCGUAGGCCACAAUAUUUGCCCCCACAGCAGAACAACUGCUUAGGUAAACAAUGCAUAUCAGUCUUUCUCUUGGUUCACGUUUAUUGAUUGACCACCAAGAGUAUGUUGCUGCAACAGGGAUUUCUGAUUCCAUCAACCCAUGACCCUGAAAUGCCUGUGAACCAGUGCCCUGGGACUGAUGGCAUUUCUGAGAUUUGACCUUUGUCACUUGAGAGACUGCACUUCCUAGGCUGUUGUAACUUUGUGAUUUGUGUAUUUUCAUCACAAGGAAUUUGGUGUUUCCAGAAAACCUAAUUGGAAAACUUAAGCAACCCAAAGUUCUCUACACUGGAGUUCAAUAACAGGUUCCUGCCCUAAACUGUAUCCCCCAGGAAGCUGGGCCCCUCUGGAUUGUACUCUGGGCUUUUUACUUCCUCUUCUUCCUCCCUCCCAGUCGUUUGUUAGAAUCUGUGAACAGAAUGGAAAAACAAUCCUUUCUCCACCUUAAAUCACUUGCACUCAGUGUAAGAAACCUUAAAAAUGAGAUGAUCUAGUAAGGUCCUAGGCAUUGUUCCUCUUUUGUGUCUUCCACCUACCAACCAGUAUCAUUGGUCAUUUGCUUACUUCCUGGGAUUAAUAAAAGCCAAGUUACUUGCUAAUUGGGCUCUCUUGCCAUCCCCAUCUUCCCACAUGAAGAAGACAGGAGACACCAACAGGACCUGUAAAGUGGUGGCCUUGGCCUAGACCGCACAUGCAGAAACUAGUGAGGGGCCUUGUCUUUCUGUGAGGCUUGAUGAAUGCAACGGCCAGUGGGGCGGGGCAUGAUUCCCAUGGAUUAGGGUGGGUGCUCCAGCUUUUCCCACCUCCAAGAGUGGAUAUGAGGGAGGAGCCUGUUGAGCACUUCCCAGAGUAUUGUGCAAGUGCACCUGAGCAGACUCACAUGAGUAGAAAUGUGCUAUCUUCAUGGAAGGAAUAACAGGACAAUUAAAUGGUGAUUAUGAAGGUCGGGGGGAGCUUUAUUUUCAAAUACCUUUAUAAAUCAGACACAAGCCCUGAUUUAUCUUUACAUAGUCAAAAAACUAAGGGAAAAUUUUCUUCCCCUACUCUAUACAAUGUCAUUCUUCAGAUUUAGGAAAAAAUACAAUUCUGUUUAACACACACAAGGGCGCACGCGCGCACACACACACCACUUCCAAAAAAGCUGAUCCUCCAAAAAAGAAAUCUUAUUUUAAAACACUUGGGUUUUUCAGGCCAGGAAAUUAAUAAUUCCUAGACCUGACCCAUUUUUGAAGCUGGCAAAAAGCAAAGAAAAAGCUAUUUAAAUUUUGUAUGGAUCCAUUUAUCUCUUUAAAUAUGCCAGAGCAAUUUGAGGUGGGGGUGGAAAUGAAGGUAUUUAUCUCUCUUGCUUGGUUCCCUCUUAUAUUUUUAUCUGUCAAGAAAAGGAUAAAGAACUAUUCUUGGGCUGUGAUUAUUGACUCACGGUGUUGCCAUUCUGGAUGGUACCUGCUUUGCUUCACGGUGAGGCACAGUAAUAAUAGUUGCUUUCUUGACUUUUUUCUACGCGAGGAGGAAAUAUUAAGUCUGAAUGUCUUUCCUCACCAAAUUAUUUGACUGUGUAUCUGAACUAGUUUAGAAAAUGCAAAAUUUGGGGGAAGAGUUAGUUUCUCUUUGACACAUUUCUGCUUUUUUUCUUUCCUUGGAUCUUAAAUGUAAAACCAGAACCAAAGCAAAAAACAAGCCAGUACUGUCUCGUCGUUCUCUUUCUUUUUGGCAGUGGUGUCACUCACUCUGUAAUUAUCAACCAGAAAAUGGAGAAUAGCUUAGCCAGGUUUUGAUGCAUCUGCCCCAUGUAUUUCAUUCCUUUUCAUACAGACUGAGAGGGAAAGAGAUUUUUAUCAUUUAAAUUUCAAUGAUAGAAAUGCUCUCAUAUUUUAGCUUUGAAAUAAUAAAAGAAGUUGAUAUUUAGGAAAUGUUUGCAUUGUACUAAUCAUGUACUUUAAAAAAAAAAAGUCUGCCUAAUUUCUAAAAGAGGGUCAAGUGCAUCAACAUAUCAGGGUUACAUUGCCAAAAAAAAAAAUCAGAUCCCACACUAGGCAACAGAUUGAAACUUCUAGCCAGCAUAAAUUCUGAACCUCAAUGGAAAAGAGAGAGAGGACCCUAGGAACCAAGUCUUGUCAGCAGUUUGCUGUAGUGAAGUAGCAACAAAAUCAUUUUUAAAUGACUAUCUUUUCCUUUUACUGCCCCCCCUUUUUCUCUUGGGAAAGCUGAUGAGCAAAUUUUCCAAGACUUCUCUCCUUAUCCAACAAACUUUCCCUCCAAAAAUCUGAAUCGUAUCCCCAUCUUUUUGAAGAAACCAAAGAGUACAAUUAAAAGAUGAUUGUCUGAUUCUUUACCAUGAAUGAAAUUCAUCAAGUAUUUUAGUAGUCCUUAAGCAAAAACUUAAACUUAGAUGCAAAACUCUUACAGCUAGGUGUCACAAUGCACAUUUACAUGUUCACCAUACAGUGAAUUGCUUUUAGUUUUUGCUUUUGCUUUUAACCUGUACCUUUAUCACUACUGUAACAGGUUUGUGGCUUCUCUUUCUGUACUGCUAAGAAUGGGAAUAUGUGCAAUUAUGAGAGGUACAGAAAAAAAAAAAAACUCUAAGUAGCAAAUCUGUGCCAUGAAGUAGAUGUGACAGGAAGACACAGGGCCUGAGCAUAGUAAUUUUCCCUGAGCCACACACACAUGCUUUUAUUUCAUGGCUUUAUCACAGGCUUUUCUCCUUCUGUGCCGUCACCUUUGAGAGAAACGACUGCACCUUCUCCAAGUCUGCCUUUUUAACAGCUACAGUCGAGUUGGCAAGUCUUCCCCAGCUCUGAAUAUAGCCAUUUGCCGACUUCGGCCUCUUUGUGAGACUGACUCAAAUCUGUGAUCUUCUGUUCAGCAUACACAUCAGCAAAGUGAGAAGAUGAACACUAAAUAUAGGCUGUAUUAACUUUACUUUUAGAUUUACUGCCUUCAAAAAGUGCCUAUUCUGAGAAACAUAAACGUUAUUCCUACAUAUGUAUGUACACACGGUACCCAGAGUCAUACUGUUAAGCGUCCAAAAACAUACCAUCAGAAGGAGGAUGUGCUGAAAUAAGGAAAGCUUGCCAAGUGGAAGAAAGUCCCUCGUUCCAGUGUCCCCUUGCAAGUGGCUACCAUGUAAUGGGCUGCUGGCGCAUCCCACUGCAUCCCUUGCUGAUCCAGCCACUUUACGUUUCUCUUCUACUGGAGGGUGGCAUAUUGCUGAGGUUUCCUGUACUCUGCUGCAAGGUGAUAUAUACUUUAUAGAGUUGGAACAACCAUUCAGGAAGAAAAAAUGCUUGAGAGAGGUAAUGGAGCCAGGAUCUGUAUUGCGAUAUGUAUCAUACUGUGUGUUUUACAAACUAAGCAUUGGUGGGUUUAGAGUGUCAGCACGUUUCCUCCCCUUUUAUCUCCCAGGCUAACAUCAGAGAAAACUAAAGAAAAUUCCUGGCUGUGAGAAUUGGAGGCUUAGGAGGCCAAAUGUCCCUGCCAGAUCCUGAGAGCAUUUUUACUUUGACUCCUAAAAAUAGUAGCCCAUGCUAUCUGACGACUUUUGUUUCUAUUGGUCUGUCACUGACGGGAGUGCUGUAGACACUACCAAAGGAGCAGUAGCACUGCCUUGAAUGGUGGACUCUUACCCAGUGGUAGUACUAGCAGAGAGUCCAGGUAAAUAGGACGAGGUAGACAGUACAUGAUUGAAGAAGGGUUGAAGGGAGGACGUGGUUCCAAAAAAGAUCCUUCUCAAUGUGUCGUCUGACUCAACCAGCUGGCAGAGUACACUUGCCAAGUCGUUCCCUUUCCUUCUAAGUCGUUUGACUCCACAUUCACUUGAACAUGCCUCCUUUAGGGAAAACCGAGAAACUUCCACUCAGCCUUUCCCCAAGGAAGUCUUUGGUGUCCUCUUGGUCCAUCUUGGUUUCACCAGAUGGAAGUAAAGGGGGGAAAGCUAACAAGAUGGAAUCCAUGCAUUGCAGUCAGCCACUCUCCUGUUUUCCAUCUAGAAAGCACCAUUACAUUGACUACAGGUGAAGGGAGCAGACAUCACUACGUCGUAAUUUCAGAGUAAUAACUAUCCUGCUUUAGACAUCAUCAUUUUCAGACCAGUUGACCCUUUUGAACAAAGAGUGAUACUCUUCACUAAAAACGUCUGCUCUUGCUGUUGAUGUUCCUUUUCUGUGUCUGCCUUUUACAACGUCAGCACUAGUCAUUUUCUGUUUUUUUAGAGAAUUAGAUUUGUGUACUGGUAAAGAGUUAAACCUCUGUGCUGUCAUAGGGCUUUGACAGAUAGUUUUCCUCCUUGUAAACAAACAAAUGGACUGGGAAAGACACAAAAUGGCCUUUCUUUAGUUUCAUGAUGAUUGUGACCAUAAGAGAUAGUUUUACAUGUCAAGACUAAAUGGUGUUUGCAGUGGAUAGAUCAAGAGAAGCAGGUGGGGGGUAGGGACAGGAAGAAGCCAAGUUGUCUGUAUUCUAGAUGCAUUUACUAAAAGCAGGCACUUUCUACUAGCUAAGCACAAUCAGAGCCCAGUGUGAUCAGCUGCUAGUGUGAAGAUCCUUCCCUGUCUCAGGGAAAGCCACACAAAAACACAUAGGGAUGUCUUUGCUCACAUGUGUGAUACUGACAGAGCCAUGAUACUCCUACAAUAUAGAGGGUUUUUGUUAUUUUAUUCUUAGCAAAUUAUAUUCAUUCACUACAUCAUGAACCAUCGCUGACAUAUCCAAAAUAGUGUAUGUGGUUUCUUAUGAAAAUAAGAGAAUAAAACCUGUUAUAAGCAAGUGAUUUGGGUAUUUUCUUUUGUAUUUAUACAUUAUUCAGCUAUGUUAAAACAUGUUUCUAUUUGUAUCAAUUUUCUCUGUCAAUUAUGUUUUUCAAAUUCUCUAGAAAAAUAGAUCUGAAAAUCACAUUUCUUUUUCUGUAAAAUGACUGCAACUACUUUAUUAUGUUUAGAAAUCCAAUAAACUUCUUAUUACACAUA